AUGGCUUGGCUUUCUAAUGCAAGUUUUUGCAAGGCUGGCCACAGCCCCUGUAAACUCUUUCGGCAUGGCAACAAAUCUUCUGAUUCUUUAACUCUUGAAAUCCUCUCUUUCGAAACCGCCAGGACCAUGUCUCGUCUUGUUGUUCUUUACAGGUCUCUUUCCGAUGAUGAAUUCUGCAACCUCCGGAAAAGUGCCAUGAGAUCUAAAGGUGUUGUUUUGUUAAAUUCCCCGGAUGAAGAUUUCCUUCUUGGGCUUGCUUGUGCUGAGAAACUUGAAGAUCUCAAUCGAGCUGCUGCCACCGUCUCUCGUUUGGUGAACAAGUGCACUGAUUCGGCUUCGAAACGGUUUGACCAAAUAUUUUCAGAAAUGGCUCUCGGGAUUAUGGAUUUGGGGAAGUUAGAAUACGCCUCAAAGAAUUGCAGAAAACUCGUCAAAAAGAUGGAUAAAUUCGUCAAGGCGACGGCAAACUUGCAUACUGCAUUGGGAUCUCUGGCGGAAAUGGAAUUAUCGGAGAGAAAAAUAGAAAAAUGGAGGCGACUCGGUCAAGAACAACCCAACACCGAUUACUUCAACAAGAAAAUCACGUAUACAAGAAAACAGGUGAAACAUUACAAAGAGACUUCUCUAUGGAGCCAAACAUUCGACCAAUGUGUUACUUUAAUGGCAGGAAUCGUCUCCGUCAUCUACGCACGAAUCUGUGUCCUCUUUGGCCCCUUUGUUGCAGACCUCCCUCGUCCUCGAAAGAAUGUCAAACCUUUUCUGCAUCAGAAAAUAACAAUCAUGCGGGUCCAUCCUGAAACCAACUUUUCUCUUCUACCUGAUAAGGACAAGAAACACAUAGUAUCAAGCCCCAUAGCGAAAACAACAACAAAAGUCAGUGCCAUUCGGAUCGUCAAAUCUUGUCCAUUACCAAAAUCGGAAGACAAAACCGAUAUCGUUAAUAAUAGCAGCCACCCAUUUAAAAUCGGAAAGAACAAGAAAGUUGCCCAUUUAGCAUCACAAUCUACAGUUGGUGGCGCGGGACUGGCAUUGCGCUACGCAAACAUAAUCAUAGUUGCAGAGAGUUGCUUAUACGCAGCAACGAAUGUGAGCGACGCCGCACGUGGGCAUUUGUAUGAAUUAUUACCAGUUAAUUUGAAGGCCAGAGUGAGAGCGCAGUUGUGGGGUGGUGGUGGCUGUAAGGAGACGAAUGAAUGUCAGCGAGUGGUUUCGGAGCGAUGGAGGGAGGCGCUGGAGGAAUUGAUGGCGUGGAUGGGGCCGGUGGCGCAUGACACGUUGAAGUGGCAACAGGAGAGAUACUUGGAGAAGCAAAUAUUUGAUGCAAAGCCAACGGUAAUGUUGCUUCAGACAUUGUAUUUUUCAGAUUUACAGAAGACAGAAGCGGCCAUUGUAAACAUGUUGGUGGGAUUAAGCUGGUUAUAUAGGUACGAAAAUAGAAGGCUUGGUGGGCGACUAGCUGGGGACAGAUGCCGAUGA